AUGCUAACGACGUUGGAAGAGCUGGACAUCGACGUGCAUAUGUGUAUGAAUGAAAUGCUGAAUUCAGUCGAUCUCGGUAACCAGGACUGCUGCUCGAUGAUAUCGGAGAAGUCGAAUGAUGGCGAGAAGAUAUGGGACUCCGGAUUCAACUGGGAGGAGUUUCUUGUCAAAAAUGGAUGCAUCGCUGUGGCGCCCAACUCCUUUUGGCACGUUAGAGCCAGCCUGAGCAUCGCCGACGGCUUCAAUGGCUACGCCGCGGUGCUGUCGGUUAAUAACGUUACGAGCAAGGUGGAAUCGUUUUGGCCAGCAGAAAUCAAAAAGACUUGUGGGCUGUACGUUCAACUGCAGCUGAUCGGAUAUUACUUCGGCGGCGGUAUCGGUAGUCCGAAAACCAAGUGGUACGAUAUCAACGACAAAUCGAACCCCAUUGCCACCAUCGAUUACUGUCUGAGAAGCAAGUUACCAGUUGAACCUCCACGAAGCAGCUUAAAGAUGGCAGACAUGAAUUCAGCGGCGAUCGUCGAAGAGUGCAACCAAAUUCUGGCGAAAUUCGCUUCAGCCGAUAAGGCGACCAAAGACCUCAAGUCGAAUGUAAAUACCAACACCGAUCUCCCUGACAUCAUCCUACCUGUGGAUCAAAUUAAAGUCGGACAGCUAGUGGACGUCCAUGACAAGCGCGACCCGCAGAAAGUGUGGCCUGCGACAGUGAUGAAGAACGUAGGGGGCCGUUUGUUAUUGAAGUUCAUCGAAUGUUCAGAGACCAUCCCGCCCAUUUAUGAGUUCUACUUGUCGGAAAGAAUCUCGUCGUUUGGCUCUGUAUUUGAUGAAGACAAAGCAAGUUUUGGAUGGCGCUAUGAAUCUCCUGGUAAUUUAAGAUGUUUAUACUAAAU